AGUUUUGUGUUUUUCGGGGAACAGACAGACAGACAGACAGACAGACGGACAGCAGGAAAAAGAACAGAACAACCUCAUCCUGCAGGGAGCUGGCCUUCUUCAUCUUCAUCUUCAUCUUCAUCUUCUCAUCUUCUUCAUCUUCUUCAUCAUUGCCGGAGCUCUCAGGAUGACUGAACCUCAGUUCAUCAACUCCUACGACAACGAUCUACAUAUGAAUUUGAUGCAGUACGACUACAUUCCUCCAGUGGACAUAAAGACUGAACCCUACAUACCUGAGACAGCUCAUGGUCCCUACAUUCAGAUCAUCGAGGAGCCCAAACAGAGGGGCUUCCGUUUCCGUUAUGAGUGCGAGGGUCCGUCCCACGGCGGGCUCCCGGGGGCCUCCAGCGAGAAGAACCGGAGAACCUACCCGACAGUGAAGAUCAAUAACUACGUGGGUCACGCCCGGGUGGAGGUCCAGCUGGUGACGCACUCCGACCCCCCUCGUGUUCACGCCCACAGUCUGGUGGGACGCCACUGCACUGAGAACGGCACCUGCACGCUGGACGUCGGCCCCAACGACCUCACCGCCUCCUUCAGUAACCUGGGGAUCCUCCAUGUGACCAAGAAAGGUGUGGUGGAGGUUUUGAGUCGGAGGCUGCGAGAAGAGAGGAAGAGACAGAAAGGAGCUCACUGUCACCUCACAGACUCGGAGGAGACGUCCAUCCUGAAGGAGGCCAAGGAGCUGGGGAAGGUGAUGGACCUGAACAUCGUCCGGUUAAAGUUCACCGCCUACCUGCAGGACAGCAACGGAGGAUUCACCAGAGCGCUGAAACCUGUCGUCUCCAACCCCAUCUACGACAGCAAGUCUCCGAACGCCUCCAACCUGAAGAUCUCUCGGAUGGAUAAGACGUGCGGCUCGGUGCUCGGAGGAGACGAGAUCUUCCUGCUGUGCGACAAAGUGCAGAAAGAUGACAUCGAGAUCCGUUUUUAUGAGGAAGACGAGGAUGGAGGCUGGGAGGCGUUCGGGGACUUCUCACCCACCGAUGUUCACAAACAGUACGCCAUUGUGUUCAAGACGCCGCCCUAUCACAGCGCCGAGAUCGAGCGUCCCGUCACCGUCUUCCUGCAGCUGAAGAGGAAAAAGGCCGGCGACAGCAGCGACCCCAAACAGUUCACCUACAUCCCGCACGUUCAAGACAAAGAGGAGGUGCUGAGGAAGAAGCAGAAGCCGCUGCCUCACUACGAACCCUGGAGAGGAGGAGGAGGAGGAGGAAGAGGAGGAGGAGCCGGGGGAUUCGGAGGAGGAGGAGGAGGUGGAGGAGGAUUCCAGUUCAACCAGCAGAUGAAUGGAGGAGGAGGAGGAACAGGAGGAGUCUUCUUCUCAUCCGGAUUCACAGGCUUCGGCACAGGAGGCGGGGCUCAGAUGUCCGGCUCCACCCCUCAGACGGGGGUUACCCAGCAACAGACAGACACACAGACGGGAGGACAGACAGGCUCGCCACUACAACAGCAGCUGUUUCAGAUCGCUACCGCCCUCCACAGCCGAGCCUCUCAGAGCGCCAGACAGACCGCCGCCGCCCUGCUGCAGUACUGCAGCACCGGGGACGCACGGGUCCUUCUGGCAAUCCAGAGACACCUCUGUGGCGUCCAGGACGGCAACGGGGACACUCCUUUGCACCUGGCCAUCAUCCACCAGCAGACUGGUGUGAUCCAGCAACUGAUCCACACUCUGCUCAGCAGCCAGCAGCAAAACAUCCUCAACACAGCCAACCACCUUCGACAGACUCCUCUCCACCUGGCGGUGAUCACCCGGCAGGUGAAGGUGGUGGAGGCAUUGCUGAGGGCGGGGGCCGACCCCAGCCUGCUCGACAAAGAUGGCCGCAGUCCCAUCCACCUGGCGGCACUGGCUGGAGACCACGCCUCACUCCGCCCCCUGCUGGCACACCUGGGAGAACGCCACGCCCACCUGGUCAACACCCCUGACUACCACGGUCUUCAUCCUCUCCACCUGGCGGUGAGGAAGGACGGCGAGCGCUGCCUCCGUCUGCUCGUGGAGGGCGGAGCCAAAAUCAACGCGCCUGAGCAGAAGAGUGGAAACACCGCCCUCCACCUGGCUGUCAGAGAAAACCUGUUCAAGAUGGCCUGCACUCUCAUCACAGAGCUGAAGGCCGACGUCAACGCGUGCACGUUCGGAGGAAACACUCCGCUCCACCUGGCGGCCAGUCUGGGCUCGCCGACGCUCUGCUCCAUGCUCGUCGCUGCAGGUGCUGAUAAGAACAUGGAGAACGACGAGCCGCUCUUCUUCAGCUCCUCUUCAGACGAAGAGCAGGACGAAGACGAACCAAUCAGAGAGGAGGCCAAAGAGCGAGAGGCCGCAGCUCAGCCAAUCAACACUCGGAAGAGACCCGCGGCAGGACACACCCCCCUGGACCUCGCCAAGUGUCAAAAGGUGAGGAACCUGUUAAACUCCCGACAGAGUCCGAAGUCGAGUCGUCACAGCAGUAAGAAGAUGAAACCAAGCAGCACUGAAGAGACGGAGGCGUCGGGGCUGGACGAGGACACUCUGUCCCGGCUGGUGGAGGUGUUGAGUGUCGGAGACGUUCCCUGGAGGAAACUGGCGGAGAAGCUGGGGAUGAUGACGCUGACUCACCUGUACCUGGACAGUCCGACGCCCUGCCACCACCUGCUGCAGCACUACAAGCUGGGUGGAGGUCCAGUUGAAGGUCUGGUUGAAGCUCUUCAGUCUCUCGGUCUGACAGAAGGAGUCCGACUGCUGAGAAACACCGAACUACGAGACGACAAACACAGCACAGACGCCACGGUCGACAGCGGCUUCGGCAGCCAGCCAAUGGAGGAGGAGGAGCCGCCUGUGGCCAAUCAGUGACGAGCAGGAAGUGAGACCUUCAUCCUGCAGGAACCAGGACUCUGCAGAACUGGAGUCGGACUCGCAGACCGACUGAGUUUCUGCUCGGACUCUCUCGGAGACGAGGAGCUGCGUUCCAGACGGAAGCCGAGAUUGUAAAUUCACAACAGGAAGUCACCGGAAAUUUUACCAAAAAGAGUUUUAAAAAAUGAACUGAAGUGUUUAGAACGAACGACUGCAUCAUAAAAGUGUUUUUUCUCUUUUUAAAUCAUAAAAUUUGUCUUUUUUUUAAUUUAUAUUUUGUUUUUCUUGUAAUUUAGUUUUUAUGAAAUGAGUUUAUUUCUGUGUGACGUCUGAUGGACGAUCCUUGAAUUUCACCUUAAAAGUCCUUAAUUUUUCUUUUUUUAUGAUCAAUUAUCUGUCAAACAUUUUAUUAUUGAUCCAAGAAAGUGAAUUUGAGGAUGAAAGUUUGCUGUAAAUCUGUUUACGAAGGUUUGUCGUGUCGUUGGGAGCAGAUCUGCUUUUUUCAUUUAGUAGGAAAGCGGAAUUUCCAAUUUUCUGCCCGGACUGGAACGCAGCACGUUGAGUGUCAGAGCUCACCUGUUCACUCACCUGUUAUCAGUUUAUCAAAACCUUUUUCUCUCCAUUCAGUCACAUUGAAGCUAUUUACGGAAGAAAAAGAUUUUAAAUGUUACAAAAUGACAUUUAAAAAAAUAAUAUUGUCAGUAAAAGCUUGUGAUAAAUUAUUAAAUAGUUUUGCUUUAAAUGUCAAACGUUUGAUAUAUUCAAACACUCAAAAUUAUUAAAAAAUGUUUUUAGGUCAACAUUAUUUAAAUGUUUACUCAAAGUCUAAGUUAUGGUUUUUUGAGCUGGUCAAAUAUGUUUACAUACACUGUAAAACCUGACAUCUUAAUAAAAUAAGUAAAUUAACACAAAUUAAUCCUCAUUCAUUCACUUUAAUUAAACCAACUCAAAAAUUAAUUGUUGAAGCAACUCAGUUGUUU